AUGGCUUCCAUUGAUGGUCACAAAAGUGAGACUUCGUUGAAUCAUGUUGAGAUUCCUGUUCAUGCAACUGGUGUAGAGCCAAAACCAAAGGAAGAAGUUGAAGAGAAAAACAAAGACUACUCUCAGAGGGCAAAUUGGUUGCGUGCAGCAGUGUUAGGAGCCAAUGAUGGCUUAGUCUCAGUUGCAUCAUUGAUGAUGGGUGUUGGAGCUGUUAAGGAGAACAUCACAGCCAUGCUUGUUGCUGGUUUUGCAGGCUUAAUUGCUGGGGCAUGCAGCAUGGCAAUUGGAGAGUUUGUGUCUGUGUACACUCAAUAUGACAUAGAAAUAGGUCAAAUUAAAAGAGAGAGAAAAAAUAAAAACAUUGGUGGAGUGAGUGAAGAAGCUCAAAGGGAGAAGUUGCCAAAGCCAUUUCAGGCUGCUCUAGCAUCAGCACUAGCAUUUUCUGCGGGUGCAGUGGUGCCACUGCUAGCAGCUGCAUUCAUAAAGAACCAUAAAAUCAGGCUUGCUAUUGUUGUUGCAGUGGCAAGCCUCACAUUGGUGCUUUUUGGUGGGGUUGGAGCAGUGCUUGGAAAAACUCCUCUCACUAAGUCUUGUCUAAGAGUGCUGAUUGGUGGUUGGAUGGCUAUGACUAUAACAUUUGGCCUCACCAAGUUGUUUGGUUUUGUUGGGAUUUGA